AAGUUUAAACCAACUUUUACACAGAAGAUUAGCUAAUAAAAUGGGCAAAUGGCUCAUUGACAAAAACAAUUGAAAAACCCUAUAGCCAAAUUAGCAUUUCCUCGCGAGUCGCAGCUAGGAAGGCCGCGGCUUUACAUGAAUCUCGGCGCAAAGAGCUGCUGCUAUUAAGAAAACCUUCAAGACUUUUCCUAAGGAUGUUGUUUGAGCGGUUUACCGAGGAAGCAAUGAAAGCUAUAAUGCUGGCCGAAGAGGAUACCCGCAGAUUUGGCCACGUAUAUGUAGCGACUGAUCACAUACUUGUGGGUCUACUACUUGGCCCCGAAAACAUUGCUGCAAAGGUUCUUGAAUCCAUAGGAAUCAAUGCUAAAGAUGUGCGUGUGGAGGCUAUAAAAAUAGUUGGGCAACGAGGAUUUAAUGAGCCUAUUGAGGUUGAAAAGAUGGAAACCAGGGCAAUAAAUAUCCCAUUUGGACCCCGUGCUAAGCACAUUCUGGAGUUGUCAUAUGAAGAAGCUCGGAAACUUGGGCAUGACUAUAUUGGAUGUGGACAUCUUCUGCUUGGUAUGCUUAGCGAUGAAAGAUGUUUAGCUGCUCAGUCUCUGGCCAAUUGCGGUGCAAACGCUAGCAACAUGCGGACAGAGGUUAUACGCAUGAUGGCGGAAAACAACAAUGAGACAGUAUUGGAGAGAAGUUGUGAACCAAAUGUUGUAGAUGAUGCUCAGAUUGAUGAGGAAGUAAGAGAGCGUGAAAAGAAAAUCAACCUGAAAAUUCAAGAGAGGUACAAACUUAUGUGUGAAAGCCCAGAUUUUGAAAAGGCUGGUUUGCUUCUUGGCGAGAUAAAGGCUCUACGCGGGGAGAUAUAUCAUCUACAGGCCAAAAAGGAAAAGCAGAUAAUGUGGAGCAGAAUGUGGAGCUGUUGACACACAUUGUUGUUGGGAACAAGUGGACUGGCAAAUAGAUGUGGGAUGAAUAAACGUGAUGUAGCGCA